GCCGUUCCUGCAUCGACGACGUGCGAAUGCUCGCCUCGAGUGCCGUCGUCCGGCGGAUUCCUCGAGCUCGAGGAGCGCGAGCAGUUCUAUCGCAGCAUCUGAUAACAUCUCCGCACUCCAAAACGGUCGAGUCAAUCUGCAAAAGCGCCGAGUGCAGCAGCCACACCCACCGUCCUCCGUCUCCUUAUCCUCUCCGUCCCGCUGCUCGUGCUCUUCACUCUCCUGCCACCAUGGCUUCUCUGGACGCUGUCGCCCAGGCUCUCUCGAAGCUCUCCAUCUCUCCUGCCGCUACUGUCUCGCAUGCGCCCACGAACUCUCCCAAGACCUGGCGAGAGGCCCUAGAGGCUAGCUCGUCUGCCCCGAAGCCUUUUGAACUCACCAAGACGCUUGUGUACAAGCCCAAGACCGCGAAAACCGCGACGCCUGUGCCCGUGUUCUUGAUCACGCGAGAAACGUCGGAUGUGCCCUCCGGCGCGCUGGGCAAGGUCCUGAACCUGAAGGAUCUCCGUCUCGCGUCCGAGGAUCUGCUUAAGGAGUUCUUCGCGCUUGACAAAAACUCCCUCUCUCCUCUCGCCAUCAACUCAGAAUCGUACCCUAAACUCACGGUCGUGAUCGACACCGCGAUCGCCACCGCGACCUCAACAUUCGCCGUCCGCGGCCUCUCCUCCGACUCCACCGUCUUCCUCUCCGGAAAGGAUCUCACUGCUUAUGUGAAGCAGUUCGCGACUGAGGGUGCUCCCAAACUUCACGAGAUCGACAUUGCCACUAUCCAGACCGCUGCGGAGGAGGCUGUCGCGUCAAAACCUGCCCCUGCAGGCAAGCAGGAUGCUAAGAUCGAGGGUGCUAUCCAGAUCGCCAUCGGUGUCAAGAAAGAGGUCGACUUCCCGACAUGGUACACAAACGUGCUCAUCAAGGCGGACAUGCUCGACUACUACAACGUCAGUGGCUGCUAUAUUCUCCGUCCGUGGUCGUACAGCAUCUGGGAAAUUAUCCAAGAGUGGUUCAACGGCCACAUCAAGGCGAUGGGUGUGCAAAACUCGUAUUUCCCUAUGUUCGUGUCGUCGAAAGUGCUGGAGCGGGAGAAGGACCACGUUGAGGGUUUCUCUCCGGAAGUCGCAUGGGUAACGCGAGCAGGUACCUCCGAGCUCGAGGAGCCGAUCGCCAUCCGGCCGACCUCCGAAACCGUCAUGUACCCUUACUACGCCAAGUGGAUCCAGAGUCACCGUGACCUCCCCCUCAAGCUGAACCAGUGGAACAGUGUCGUCCGAUGGGAGUUCAAGAACCCCCAGCCCUUCCUCCGUACCCGCGAGUUCCUCUGGCAGGAGGGCCACACAGCACAUCUCACGAAGCCUGAAGCUGACAAGGAGGUUCUCGAGAUCCUUGACCUCUACCGCCGCGUCUACGAGGAGCUCCUCGCCGUGCCCGUCAUCCCCGGUGUCAAGUCCGAGAAAGAGAAGUUCGCGGGUGGUCUCUACACGACGACCGUUGAGGGCUUCGUCCCCACGACAGGGCGUGGUAUCCAGGGCGCGACGUCGCACUGUCUUGGCCAGAACUUCUCGCGCCCGGAGAUGUUCAACAUCGUCGUCGAGGACCCGAAUGACCCAACCGGCCAGGGCAAGACGUAUGUCUGGCAGAACUCGUGGGGUCUUUCGACGCGCACGAUCGGCGUUAUGGUCAUGAUCCACGGCGACAACCAGGGUCUGGUGCUCCCGCCCCGCGUCGCCUCGAUCCAGGUCGUCGUCGUUCCUUGCGGUAUCACGGCGAAGUCGACCGAUGCGCAGCGCAAAGCUGUCAACGACGCUGCCGAUGAGCUCGCUCACAAGCUCAAGAAAGCGGGUCUUCGCGCGCGUGCCGACCUCCGCGAGGGUUACACCCCCGGAUUCAAGUUCAACGACUGGGAGCAGAAGGGUGUUCCUCUUCGCCUCGAAGUCGGGCCUGCCGACAUUGCGAAGAACCAGACGUUGAGCGCGCGGCGCGACACCGGAGCGAAGGUCCCGCUCCCGCUUGCAGACAUCGAGACCGCCGUGCCCGCACUGCUCGAUCAGAUCCAGGCGGACAUGUUCAAGCGCGCACAGGAGGUGUACUUCUCGCGCCUGCGCGAGGUGCACGAGUGGAAGGACGUCGUGCCGACGUUGGACGACAAGAACGUCGUCGUUAUCCCCUGGUGCGAGGCCGAGGCGUGCGAGGACGACAUCAAGACGCGCAGCGCGAACGAGUCCGAGCCCACGGACGAGCGCGCACCUUCUGCGGGCGCGAAGUCGCUCUGCAUUCCCUUCGACCAGUCCCGCUGGCCCAAGAUCGAGCCCGGCGUCACCAAAUGCGUCGGGUGCGGCAAGGACGCGAAGCGCUGGACCCUCUUCGGUCGUUCGUACUAGUCGGAGUCGUAGGGACACCGCGUGUUUCGACCUUGGGGCUCGUGUGUUACUCUGGGAAUGUAAAGAGCAGCAAGCAGAUUUUUGACAUGUAAUUUUUGGGCAACAGCACUUAGCACUCGAGGUCUGUCUGCAUCACUGUGGUGAACUAGUAAACCAGGGUGCAACAUCUGCAGCACAGUGAAC